AUGAAUCGUGUAAUAUUGAACCCGCCAUCGGCGACCGCGUCGCGACUCAUACGCAAAUCACUGAGGAGCGAUCGGGUGUUCGUCUGUCAUCAGUGCUGCAGAUCGUAUCAGACAAAGUACAACCUGAUGAAGCACGUAAGAUUCGAAUGCGGCGGCCGGAAGCAUUUCGCUUGCACCCUGUGUCCUUCUAGGUACACGCAGAACGGAAAGCUGCGCCAGCACAUGCUGAACAGCCACAACAUCUUUAUGCCGCCGCGAAUGAAACUGAUUCUCAAGCCGGCUGCAGAAUAUCUAUACUCGAAGACGGUACGAUUUGCCAGACUGAUCGCUCCGACGUCAACCACUGGACUCCGUUUUUACACGAGCUUCCAUCCUCGGGAAACGAUCUACGGCCGAAAAGCGCACGCCGCACCCACGAAGAUCGGCAAACCAAAAACGAGCGCGAAGUGCCCGGGCAACGGCGAAAAUCAGGCACUUCAGUGUUCCGCCUGCGGCAAGAGAUACUCCUUGAAGCACAACCUAGCAAGACACGUGCGCUUCGAGUGCGGCGGUCAACGUAGGUUCUCCUGCCAUCUCUGCCCGAACAAGUACACGCAGAACGUCAGUCUGCGGAGGCAUCUGACGCAUCAUCACAAUGUCGUCGUGCCCGUGAAGAAGAGGUACAACGGCAUGAAGAUCUGCAACCGCGCCGCGUACCAAAUUGUUAUCUUCGAGUUGAACGGAGAACGUAGAACUUUGGACCCGUGGAAGCAACGUGAACCAGGUUACUCCUCGACCCGCUUCACCUGCGAGCGAUGCAAGCGCAGCUACACGAUGCUCUGCAAUCUGCGCAGGCACAUGAGAUGGGAGUGCGGCGGGAAACGUCAGUUCCCGUGCAACGAGUGCAACUACAGUUUUACCCAGAAAACGAGUCUGCAGCGGCAUUUGAUGAGCCGGCACUUGACGAGCGCGGUUCAUAAGCCAGAAAAAUCGAUAUGGUUUUAG